CAUACUACAUACAGUUUAGCAUAUAAAGACAUAAAAUUGUUAGAUUGUAUACCAUCUGUGCACCAAAACAGAACCGUUUUGAGUGUACACUAUAUAUAUGUAUACAUACAUAUAUAUUCAAAAUCAUUUCAGAGUUGGUUUUACAAUCCAUAACAAUGGAAAACAGAAGUGAAAGGAAGCAGGAGUUACCGUGUCAAUCAUUUCCAAAUCUAUCGCUGAAUCCCUUAGCAUCGGAGUUUAUACCAUCGUAUUUGAAGAACAGUUCGAACUCUAAGCCAUAUUCAAAGAUGAGUCCAGGUCCGAAAAAGAGUAAGAACAGUCAGAAUAUGAAAUCGAAGACAACAUCGACGACAACUUUGGUUCGUCGCGAGGUUGUUGGCGAUGCAUCCUAUUUGCAUGCUCAGAGGCAGCUAUUUGAAUUGUUGCAUCAACUGGGGAACAAAUUCAUGCCCCUAAAAGCGAUCGAUGUGAGUCUGUCGCCAGACGGACAAGGUAUCAAUGUGCAGUUCAAGGGAGAACAGGGAACACUGGCCAAACAGAUGCUGGACGAGAACCUUUGCCUGGAUGCAUCCUUGCACUUGGAGAUCAGCGAACGUUCGUUUAUGCCACGAAAAUUACCCAAUGUGCUUGCUGCCAAUUUUAUGGCUCGCAUGGGAGAUGUUCUAAAUGACAAGAUGGAGUGGAAUGAGCAGUCGGAUGUUACCAACUGCCCAUCAACCACAACCACCAUCGAUUCAGAUAUUACGCAAGAAAAUCGGUCCAAACGCAUCAAGUCCUCCGUCUCUUCUCUUGCCAGUGAAAUAAGCAAGACACACAAGAUAAGCUCCAGCAUACUAGGAACAACAACUAUUCCAAAAAAGCAGUUGGAGUUAACCAAUCCCAAUACCAGUCCCACUGUAAUGCCUGAGAUCAUGACCCUUCCAAAACUAAGUCAGAUUACCAAAAUUCCCACUCCCAUUGGCGGUUGGAAUGGAGUGAAGACUGUCGACAGUCGAACCGAAAUGCGUCAACGGUCCGGAAAUGCUAAACAAGAUUCACAGCAUGAUAAAAAAUCGAUUAAGGGUAGACCUACGCCCAGGAAAAGCAUAGGUCAGUCCAUUAAGAAAAACACACAAAAAUUGGCACCACGUGGCACAUACACAUCUCUGAUGCGCCAAACUGAGGCACAGAAGCGUCUGAGUCUUUUGAAGGAUGACAAUAACUAGGGGAGAUGUUUUAUCAAUAGACACACACACUAGGGAUAUAAGGAACUAAGGGUCCUGGGAAUAUAUUUGCUAUAUCAUUUUACAUAACAAGUGGAAAUUGUAAUUGUUUUUAACUUCGCGAUCAACGCAUUUGUAAAUCAACGACUAGUUUCUACUUUAAGUUCUCAUAGAUAGAAUCAAGCAGGGAACAGGAAUAAACAAUAGUUGGUCAACAUUGGUUAUGUGGCCAAUAGAGAUAGAGUGAAAAAUGGAAUAAACAGAAAGAGCAAUGUGAAUAAUUAUAAUAAAAUU